CGCGGCAGCAGCAGCGUCUCUCCAGCGGGAGGGUCCCCAUCCUACCUCGUCAUGUCCCGCCGAAGCCAGCGCCUCACGCGCUACUCCCAGGCUGAUGACGAUAGCGGCAGCAGCAGCGGAGGGAGUUCGGUGAUGGGGAGCCAGAGCACCCUGUUGAAAGACAGUCCUCUCAGGCCAGGCUGUUGUCCUCAUGUUCGGAGGACAGGCCGCGGGGAGAGGCAGCUUCAAGAACAAGCCAGGCCAGAGCCCCCCAGAGUGCAAGUGGGGUUCACAGGAGCCCCUUCUGCUAUGGAUAGGACCUUGAAGAGGAAAUCCAGCAACAUGAAGCGCCUCUCCCCAGCGCCCCAGCUGGGCCCCUCCUCCGACGCACACACCUCCUACUACAGCGAGUCGGUGGUCAGGGAGUCCUACUUUGGCAGCCCCCGGGCCUCCUCCCUGGCCAGGAGCUCCAUCCUCGACGACCACCUGCAUAGUGACUCCUACUGGAGUGAGGACUUGCGGGUGGGGAGGAGGAGGGGCACAGGCGGCAUGGAGAGCAGCAAACUCAACGGGCUUGCUGAGAACAAGAGCUCCGAGGACUUCCUGGGCUCUUCCUCGGGCUACUCUUCUGAGGAUGACUUCGCAGGAUACUCGGAGACUGACCACCGUGAUUCAGGUUCACGGUUAAGGAACGCCAUCUCCUGGGCAGCCUCUUGUUUCUGGACGCUUGUCACUUCUCCAGGCCGGCUCUUUGGCCUCCUCUACUGGUGGGUUGGCACCACCUGGUAUCGCCUGACGACAGCUGCCUCUCUUCUCGAUGUCUUCGUUUUAACCAGGCGCUUCUCGUCUGUGAAGACAUUCCUAUGGUUCCUCUUGCUGCUGCUGCUCAUGACCGGCCUGACCUAUGGCGCUUGGUAUUUCUACCCGUAUGGGCUGCAGACAUUCCACCCUGCUGUGGUUUCCUGGUGGGCAGCGAAGAGCAGCGGCAGACAGCAGGAUGUGUGCGAGUCCAGAGACUCCUCCCACUUCCAGGCUGAGCAGCGCAUCUUGUCCCGGGUCCACUCUCUGGAGCGGCGUCUGGAAGCUCUCGCUGCUGAAUUUUCCUCCAACUGGCAGAAGGAGGCUAUGCGGCUGGAGCGGCUGGAGCUGCGGCAGGGAGCCGCUGGUGGGGGAGGCCACGUGGGCCUGAGCCAGGACGACACCCUGGCGCUUCUGGAGGGGCUAGUGAGCCGCCGUGAGGCUGCCCUGAAGGAGGACUUCCGCAGGGACACCGCCGCUCGGAUCCAGGAAGAACUGGUCACCCUGAGAGCAGAGCAUCAACAAGACUCUGAAGACCUCUUUAAGAAAAUUGUCCAGGCUUCCCAGGAGUCUGAGGCUCGACUCCAGCAGCUGAAGUCUGAGUGGCAAAGGAUGACCCAAGAGGCCUUCCAAGAGAACUCCAUGAAGGAGCUGGGGCGGCUGGAGGGCCAGCUGGCAGCCCUGAGCCUGAAGCAGAGCUCCAUGGCAGACCAAGUGGGCCUCCUGCCCCAGCAGCUGCAGGCCGUGAGGGAUGACGUGGAGUCUCAGUUCCCCGCCUGGGUCAGUCAGUUCCUUCUCCGAGGUGGAGGAACCCGCACGGGGCUCCUUCAGCGAGAGGAGAUGCAAGCUCAGCUGCAGGAGCUGGAGAGCAAGAUCCUUGCCCACGUAGCCGAGAUGCAGGGCAAGUCAGCGAGGGAGGCCGCGGCCAGCCUGGGGCUGACGCUGCAGAAGGAAGGCGUGAUCGGGGUGACAGAGGAGCAGGUGCAGCGCAUUGUAAACCAGGCCCUGAAGCGCUACAGUGAGGACCGCAUCGGGAUGGUGGACUACGCUCUGGAAUCAGGAGGGGCUAGUGUUAUCAGCACCCGGUGUUCCGAGACCUAUGAGACCAAGACGGCCCUCCUCAGCCUCUUCGGCAUCCCCCUGUGGUACCACUCGCAGUCACCCCGAGUCAUUCUCCAGCCAGACGUGCACCCAGGCAACUGCUGGGCCUUCCAGGGGCCCCAGGGCUUUGCCGUGGUUCGCCUCUCUGCCCGCAUCCGCCCCACUGCUGUCACCUUAGAGCAUGUCCCCAAGUCCUUGUCGCCCAACAGCACCAUCUCCAGUGCCCCCAAGGACUUCUCCAUCUUUGGGUUUGAUGAAGACCUGCAGCAAGAGGGGACACUUCUUGGCCAGUUCACCUACGACCAGGAUGGGGAGCCCAUUCAGACCUUCUAUUUUCAGAUUUUAUUUGAGGGCGCCUGGGUGGCUCAGUC